CACGUCAAUAAACAACCAAGCGAGUUGAAUCAAAAUCGUCAUGGCCACAACGGAGUUGUCGGAGGAGGAUCUUUCGGCUCCCGAAGAGGAGGAGGACGUGGGACCCAACAUUGGCCUCUAUAUAGGCGGUCGCAAUGCGGCCGGACAGAGACACGGCAGAGGGUGGGCCAUCCUGCCCAACGGGGAUCAGUAUGAUGGGAACUACCGGAAGGGUCGCCGCCAUGGAAUCGGGCUGUACGUGUUUAAGGACGGAGCAAGGUACUACGGGCAGUACCGCUGCGGCAAACGGUGCGGGCGUGGCAUCUUCAUCUAUCCGGACGGAUCCGUGUACGAGGGCAACUGGCGCAAGCACGUGAAGCACGGCAAGGGGCGUUACAACUACGUGAACGGGGACACCUACUCCGGCGACUGGUUCAAGGGUCAACGGCACGGGGUGGGAAUCUAUCGCUUCAACAGCGCACCCGAAGUCUGCUGCCUGUCUGUGCGAUUGAAGUCCACCUGGAACAGUAAUGUGCGUACGGGUCCUUUCGAGCUGUACAUCGGGAACGAGGACAAGUGCACGAUUCUCCAUGGAACUUGGGACACGUUGUACCCAAGUGGACCGGCUGUGUUUAGUUUCAACAAUCGGUACCUGCUGCUGGGCUACUUCCUGCCCGCCAACUACAACUUCAGGGCGAUUGGCAACGAAACGGAAGUGGAGGACAUUGAGGAGCCGUUGGAGGACGACGAACAGGGCUCCGAUGAGGCCAUGGCACCAACCCUUUGGUUUGCCCAGGAAAUGGCCGUCUAUGACUUCUCGCUGCUGCCGCAGGAGCCGGUUCCCCUGGCCAUUUCCGACUCGGAGCUGUCCGUUUGCUCGCUGUCCACUGUGCCGAGCAGCCGCAGCCAGGAGCGGAUCAGUUGGUACGGCGAGGGUGAGGAGGCCGAGGGCGAGGAGGGCGGCGAGAUGGAGUGCUUUCCCUGCGAGUGCGACCUCACCGAUCUCAGUGAGGUGGAGACGGAGAGCGAGGUGUGCAAGAUCGACGCCAAUCCGUGUGCCAUCGAGAUCCUCAAGCAGCCCGAGUGCCCCGAUCCCUAGAAUGGAGACUGGUCAGUCACAGCCACAUCCACAUCCUUUCGUUAUUGUUUUGUUCGUUUACUGGGAAAUAAAAAUGUAUCCAUAA